GCUUCCGAAAAGAAACGACUAUGAAAUUGGAUAUUAUGUAUCAUCUGACUAUAAAAAUCUUGGUAUAGCAACUUCAGCAGUUGAUUUUAUUACAAAUGAAAUAAUUUUCAAAGAAUUUAAUUGUGAAAAAAUAUAUGGAAUUAUAUUUAAAGAUAAUAUUGGAAGCGAGAAAGUAUUACGAAAAAGUGGAUUUGAAUUUGUUGGAGGGAUUGAAGGAGGUUUAGAAAAGAAUCGAGAGAAAAAAGAUUUAAAAUGCUUUCUGAAGAUCAAAAAAAUGCAAUAA